AAUCCUGGAAUAGCACAAAAUGUUUUCAAACUUUUAUUUGGAACAAUUGUUUUAUUUAUUAAUGUUUAUUGAUGAAGAUAUGUUAUACAGAAAAUUAGCUCCAUCUCCAGCUGUGCGUGUGUUAAAUAGGUCAUUGACUUCCGUUGGUACUAUCUGUGUUCAGCUCUGGUCCUCCAUCAGAUCUACAUCUGCCUCCUGAGUGGUCCGCCAGCCCGCGCGCGCUGGCAGCUCGCGCCUUGCCGCGCGCGCGCGCCUCUUCCCUCACUUCCCAAGUGCGCUCGACGGAUGUUAACGGGGAAAUAAUUAGCGCGUUCCAGCAGGAAAAGAUGCUCCCGGCGGCUCCUGGUUUCAGCACGCUGGACAGCGCUCGCGGAAGGGACCGGCGCGCGCCGCUGCGCCAGGACGCACGGGGAUCGCGCUGAUGCUGGGAUCCGCUGUGACCAUGGUUGAUCGGAGGUGUUUGUCAGUACACAGAGGCGCGUGCGACCCCAAAGUCCCGGCGUGAGACAUGGACUUUGCGGAGAGCGUCGUCGCUUUGCUGAUUUUCGUGGUCGCCGUCGUCUCCUUGUUGUCCAACUUGUUGGUGCUGCUAUGUUUUGUCCACAGCAGCGAGAUCCGCCGGCAGGUGCCCGGGGUGUUCACCAUGAACCUGUCCUUCUGCAACAUCCUCAUCACUGUUCUAAACAUGCCAGCCACUUUGCUGGGGAUCGUCCGGAACCAGCAGCCCUUCGGGGACUGCGUGUGCCACACCGUCAGCUUCCUGGAGACUUUCCUGACCGCCAACACCAUGCUGAGCAUGGCCGCCCUCAGCAUUGACCGCUGGAUAGCCGUGGUCUUCCCGCUCAGCUACUCCACCAAGAUGCGCUACAAGGACGCGCUGAUCAUGGUGUGCUACUCCUGGCUGCACUCCUUCACCUUCUCCCUGACGGCGCUGCUCUACUCCUGGGUGGACUACAGCCACGUGUACGCGUCGUGCACCCUGCAGUCGAGCGAGCAGGGCAGCGGGCGGAUCAAGUUCACGGUCUUCACCGUGGUGUUCCACGCCACCAGCUUCGUGCUGUCCCUACUCAUCCUCUGCUUCACGUACCUAAAAGUGCUGAAAGUGGCCAGGUUCCACUGCAAGAGGAUCGACAUCAUCACCAUGCAGACCCUGUUCCUGCUGGUGGACAUCCAUCCAAGUGUGAAGCAAAGGUGUUUAGCAGAGCAGAAGAGGAGAAAGCAGAGAGCCACCAAGAAGAUCAGCAUCUUCAUCGGCUCCUUCAUCCUCUGUUUUGCUCCUUAUGUCAUUACAAGGUUGGCCGAGCUCCUCCCGUUCGUGGACGUGAACCGCCACUGGGGAAUCAUCAGCAAGUGCCUCACCUACAGCAAGGCUGCGUCCGACCCCUUUGCCUACUCCCUCCUGCGCCAGCAGUACAAACGGGUCCUGGUGACUGCGGUAAACCGGCUGCUCCGCCGCGACCUCUACCCUUCGUCGGGCCACACCAGUUCUCUAGACACAGAGAACGACUACUGCCUCCAGAGGGUCAGCUAAUACCCACACGGACUGAUACGAACCAGAUUGCAGGUCUGGAGGAGACGUGACCAGGUAUUGUUCAGGGGAGAACAGAUGGACAGAUUGUGGGUGGAGGACGGAAAGGAAAUAAGAAAAGCUGUGGGCGGAGAAGAAUAAAGAGACAGCAAUGAGGGGGUGGACGGAUGGAAACAAGCCAAAGAGGAGAACAGGUGACGGAGUGAUAGAAUCAUAAAUAAGGCGUCCGGGAUUCAUCAAAGAAACGGAGGAAAACAAAUCUAUUCGUUAGGAUUUGGGAUUGAUCUCGAUGGACCGCACAGUUGGAGCAAGACUUCAUCAACUCCACAAGUGACGUGUAAAAAGGAGCUCUCAGUCUAAAUCCCUCCAGCUGGUGGCCGUCCGGCAACUGUCGAUUCCCUCGGAAGGGGCGGAGAUUCAAAUGCUGCACGUUCUAGCCACGGUCUCUACUGACCGUGUUAGACGACUCGGAAGUGUCUGGAAGUUGAAGCACUUUGUUGACAUUUGUUUUCAGAGCUUCUGUAGUUUGAGGAGCUAAUAGCAGUUUACAGGAGCAGUCCGGUGACAUUUGGUAUCUUUUUGUCAACAAAUUCCAUAAGAAGGCAGAAAUGUGCAAAUUGAUCAAAUUUCAAGAAACACUGCUUAGAAAAUGGACACUUUCAACAUGGAGGCAUUCUCGUUGUCAACCUCUAAACCUGAUCAGACAUUCUUAUCAAACAGAGAAAUAGAUACAUAUCCUAAAGAAAAAGAGAACUAAACCUCACCAACAAAUCUAACAUAAUCCAACUAACAGUGUGUUGUCUAAAUUUCAAACUCUGCUGCAGCAACUCCCACAUGUGAGCAAACAGCAAUGACCUAAACCAGGGUGUUAAACAUAAGAGAAAAAAUUAUAAGGAUGUUGAAAACAAAACAAGUUUCUAGACCAUUCCUAUGGCGAGUUGUGGUUCUUUAGAGAAAGGACCGCAAUGCGCAAUUCCGCCACUAGGGGAACCAAAGAAACGCAAAACCGGCAUAAAAAGAAAUAAACAUAAUAAACAACGUAAUAAUAAGUGAUUAGGCUACUAGGUUGUUUGAGGCAUUCUUUCCAACUGAGAAAAAACUAAACUAAAAGCUACAGAUAACAAGUUGACCAUAGAUUAUUUUGCUAUUGUGUCACUGGUUUGACCCACUUGAGAUCAGACCCUGAACCAAAAUGAGUUUGACACCCCUGACCUAAAUUCACCAAACUUUGCAAAACCUGACAAAGAAAUGUCUAAACCUGACCAAACAAACCACUUAGAGAUGUAACGAUUUGAUUAAACAACAGUUUGAUUCACUUUAUUGAAACAUUUUUGUUUGUGAUUGACGGAAUGAUUCAUAGUCAAUUAUUGGUUCAUUUGGAACAAUACAAUUGAUCCAGGACAUCUUCCACUCACUACCUGGUACUGAACAGUACAGAUUCCUUGUAUUUCUUGUGAGAUAAUCAAGUGUAAAUUAAAUAUGUGAACAAACAAGUAUUAAUGGUAAAUGCAUUCACAAUUUAGUCUAAAAAAAGUUCAUCUCAUAGUAAAAUAAACCAUUCAAAUGGUAUUUUCCAACAUCGAUUGUAAUCAAAGACCUUUGAGAAUCCUGAGUCACUUUCUAUGGAUUUGUCUCUUCCUGUCAUCAUUCAUGAGCUAGCUUUGCUGUGGUCUGGGUGUCCCCAAGUUAUCGUUGUUUUUACUUCCUCGCUGUUCCAAUUGAAUCACGUGUCCCCAACUCUCCGGACGUGGUACCGGAUGGGAUAAUGGACAUGGAACCGGUACUACAUUAGGGUACAAGUAUCAGGUUAGGGUUAGGGAACCUGUUUGGUCCACGUCCCGAGGAUUGGGGUCCCCUGAUCAGCGUAUGCAUUUUCCCUGUCUAUGGAACGGUACCAAGCGGCCCUUGGACCAGCAUUAGUUCGCAGCUCGGAGGUUGAGGACGCCUGAUUUAAUGGCCACAGCCAGUAUGUCAGAAAGUGACGUGUAGGGUGCCCUAACCAUAUGUCCAUACAUGACGAGUUGGGAGUGAGAAUGUGUUGUGCAAUGACCAAACAAAUUCAGAGUAAUUCUCGGAUUCGACCAAUAGGAGUGAUGCUCAAACCUUUUAAAAAAAAGCAACUUGGAUGAUGGCUGUAACUGAUUUGACUUUGGCCCUUUACCACCAGAGGUUUAGCUCUAGACUUGACAUUUUUUGGCAACUGCAACUCUUCAGCUGUUCACGCAAUGAACGAAAUUCCAACGAAUUGCGCUGAAAUGCUACACUUUACAACAAUGAAUUCUUCACCCAAUCAAUCGAUUCUGUUCUAGAGGAAAGCCAGUUCUCUCUAUGUCCGAAUCGGCUGGUUGACAUUCAUCAGGUAAAAAACGGUUGAAGAGUUAUGUCACGUCAAAGAACAUGAGUUAGGUGUUGCCGGUCACAUGUCAGGUAUUAGAGGGGGACACAGGAUCAAACUAAUUGCUAGAUUGCUAAUAAUCGUGUAUUUUCUUUUAUUUUAGGAAAAUAUACUUGACAGCAUUUCACUCUGGAUCAUGUUUAUUCCAGUUCCACACACACCCAAAAGUUUACACACCAAAUGAAAGACAUCCUUGAAGAAACAAGUGACUUGUUCUGGAGUGUUCCAAAGAAUGUUAUUGUUGCAGGUUUAACAAAAUUAAUAUUUCCGUAAAACUUUUCAUGGAUUUUGUUGACAAUAAGCAGAUAUUUCUCACCACUGAACUCCUACAAAGUGUGCAUUUUUCAGCUGAAUGUACUAGAUAGCCCACUUUCAAUGCAUUUGUAACAACUGUGCUUCAUUUCGUCAGUUGACUAAAAACUGAUGUUUUUAUGGAUAUUUACACACUGUAACAUAUUUUGCACUGUACAGGAACAACCUUCUUGUCUAGAUGACUGGGCAGCGAUGUGAUGUAGCAGUUGUCUCAAAGUGCUUUAAAUCACACUGUUUAGUGUUUGUGCCAGAAUUAAACAUGUGACCCUGUUUUUGUUUUCUUUGAGCUGUUCUGCCAAUGAUAACAGAGCAGCUGCUUUCUUACGAAAAAUGCAUUUCUUUGGAUGUAUUUCCCUCACAUGUACUUUCUGCGAGCCACUUGCUGUUCUUUGACAGAGUAAUUUGCUAUCAGUGGAAUUUGUGCAAUAAAAACGAUGUCUCAUUGUAAGCUAUUAAAAAUUCAAAUGGUUUCUCAGUAA